GCCAGCCGAGCUGCACGAGGAGACCUCCACAUCGACCAGCUCUGCUGUCUCAGUGAAGCCAGCUUGGCAGCUCGGACGAAGACAAGUAUCAUUUGGCAAAGCCAGGCCUGCCAAGUACGACGACUACCUCAUCGGCAGCAGCCUAGCAACGGCAUAGCCUGCUCAGCAGACAGUGUUCUACCCUGUCCUCUCCUUACAAGGCUUGAUUCGCUCGUCACUCCGAUCCAGUCGACAGAGCUCGUCUCCCAGCGGAAUCAGCAAGGCACACCGUGAGAUGCGCUGAGGUGACACCCUGCGAUUCACUCCGAGCAUCUCCUGUCAUCUCGCUUUGCUCGCUUGCACUCACAUCCUCAGGCAACAAGAGGCUUAGAUGGUCAUCGAAGCCAGGUCGACUCUGACUUGUACCCAUGUCGAGCGAGCGAGCGCCUAAAUCGUCGUCCUUGCUACCCUCAUCUGACCCCAGAACUGUUCCUGCCAUCCAGUCACCCUCGAAAAGAGAGCGCACAAAGAGACCGUCUACUUCCGGAACCGCAGCCUUGCGCUCUCAGGAUCACCUCGCCUCUGAUACUUCGACGCCCCAGUCAGGGGAACAAGCGAGACCGAGCGCAAGAUCGCUAGGCAAACGCAGAGCUAUCUCGCCCCUCUCCAGCGAACGCUCCCAGCCGAUCGUCAACAGCGCCUCGCGAAACUCAUCCGCGAACUUGAAUCCUAGCCCAGACAAGUCCGUGGGUCAGGAAGAGCCUCCGACGCCUCGCAGGACACGCUCUGGCAAGACAGUGCCCUACAGAUCGCCGAAACUAUCCACGACUCCCGUCAACGGCAAGCGAACCAAGCUCGAGGAGUCUACAGGAACGCCGGUAGCUGCUCCUUCAUCUGUCUCCACCAAACCCGACAAAGCUCGCUCCUCAGCUCAUCUAAGGGCGGUCGAGAAUAUAGCAACCGCUAGAGCGCGAGUUGCCACGCCAGCCGCGCCUGUCGCUCGAAUCCGGGCGCGACUACCGAGCCGCUCGAUUUCUCCCGAGACAAGCACAGGUGCCAAGGCGACACGGAGAAUCGUGCGAAAGACGAGCAAGCCUCGCAGCGCUUCCAAACUCGGCAUGGCCCGAGGUGGCGGAAGGGCUGCACGACAGCGCAGAGCGGCCGAAGAGCUCAUGCUUGCCGAGGCAGCAGAAGCUCAGGCCGGCCAUGAAGCCGUCCAUGCGAGCCUCGAGACCGGCGCAGAGGAAGCUGCUAUGCGCUCCGCUCUCGGUGUCGAAGCAGACGAGCCGCUCAUAGGCCAUAUUGACAGCCUAGCUGCGGACCCACUCAACGAGUCCGGCGGGCUCUUUCCCGAGGGAGAAGAUGAGGAUGACGAGAUGAUGAUCCACGACGAAGACGAUGAAGGCGAAGGCUUCGAAGAAGAGCAAGACGAUGAAGAUGAAGAUGGCAUCCAUCACGACGACGAGGAUGACAAUGACUACGGUGGCGAUGGCUACGAGGAUGAGAUGAUGGAGGAAGAGCUCGCAUUUGCAGAGGCUCUCGAGCGCGCUGCUGCUGUCGCUGCUUCCUCGUCCACCGUCACGCCUGCUAACGCUGCUGCGCCGACAACAGCCGCAAGUGCGCCACCUGCAAGCUCGUCUACUGGUACAACUCUGCAGGAUCCAUAUGCCGAUGCGGCAGCAGCAUUUGGCACAGGAGCCAUGGGUCUUUUCGGCCUCAGACGCUACGGCGGCCACAACGUCGAGAGCCCGCAAAAGUUCAAGACUAUCUUGACAGACCUGCGCAACAAGCACAACGCUAACGUCCGUCUCAUCGCCCUACAGGAGCUCAGCGAGCUGCUCAGCAUCAGUACAGAGGACACGCUCGCUGGAUACUUUUCGCCCGAGCAAUAUACCAAAGAGCUCGUCGCCAUACUUCGCAACGGCGGCGGCGCACAGCAUGGCGAUCCAGAAUUCGGUACUUCAGACGAGGGAGGAGCGUCCGAAGAAGGGAACGUCGAGAUGAUGCUGCUCGCUUGUCGCUGUCUUGCAAAUCUUAUGGAAGCUCUGCCCGGCUCGGCUCAUUCGGUCGUUUACAAUGGCGCUGUCCCAGUCCUGUGUGCAAAGCUUCUCGAGAUACAAUUUAUCGACCUGGCAGAGCAAACGUUGAGCACACUCGAGAAGAUCUCGCAAGAGAUGCCCUCGUCUAUCGUCCGUGAAGGCGGUCUGUCUGCAUUAUUGACGUACCUCGACUUUUUCUCGACCAACGUGCAGCGUACUGCGUUGACGACAGUUGCUAAUUCUUGUCGUUCCGUCUCGCCGGACCAUUUUGAGAUGACCAGGGACGCGCUCCCCGUGCUUCGCAACGUGCUUGGCUACUCAGAUCAGCGGGUCGUGGAGCAAGCUUGUCUGGCCGUCACGCGUAUAGUCGAUUCGUAUCGAGCACAACCCGACAAGCUGGAAAAGCUGCUGACGUCAGAGACGCUGGACGCAGUCCUCAAUCUACUGCAUCCUGGUGGCAGCAGCGUCAUUGGACCCAGCACCUACACCUCACUGCUUCGUAUGCUUGGCCUUGCCUGCAAAGUCAGCCCGAUUGUUGCCAUCGAUCUCAUCGAGAAGAACGUCACAGAGGCGGUCUAUCAGAUACUGACAGGCAGUUCCGCGCCGCCGGCUGGACAGGAAGGCGAUGGUCUGCAGACCAGGAUUGCGAGCGGAGACAUGGCAGUUCUGCAAAGCCUCGUGCAACGUCCUAAAGAGCAGAUACAAGAGACGCUCUUCCUCGUUUCCGAAUUGAUGCCUGCACUACCCAAAGAUGGCAUUUUUGACAAUAAGCGAUACACGCGCGAAGCACCUAACAAAUUGACAGCGUCCUUAGCUAUUGCUAAGCCUGAAGAAGCCACGGACGACCCAUUGGACGCUCAUGUGAGCUCCAUAAUAUCCGCAUCGCCGACUCGAAGCGCUGCAUCGCAAAUGCUAGCAUCAAGUCCCGCGCGUGAUUCGGCACCGGUAGACGUCAAAAGUGAAGGAGGCACACCUGAUCCGAGUCAAUCCUUGGCAGAACCUUUGUCUGGUUCUACGUCUAGAACUUUACUGCGCGCCACCAUGACUGCCAGCCCUCGCAGCUCGCAAGUACGUGACAGUGAGAAAGAAGCUGCAAACAAGAAGCGGGUGGCAAUACUGACCACCGGCUCGCCCGCGCGCCUCUCACACAUCAAGCGAUUCUAUGCUCUCAUGUUACCGACACUGAUUGAGGUCUAUUCUGCCAGCGUGAGUGCAGCAGUGCGGAGCAAGACUGUGCUCGGGAUGCUCAAAGCUUUGCAAUUCUGCAACGACGAUCAUCUUGCCGGCAUCAUGGACUCGGUGCCCAUGGCUGGCUUUCUCGCCUCGGUGCUAUCCACGCGAGAUCAGAUCAGUCUCGUCAUGAAUGCGCUACAAAUGGUUGAGAUCCUUCUGCUCAAGCUGCAGGAUACGUACCAGUAUCAUUUCAGGCGAGAAGGUGUGAUGCACGAAAUCAUGCGCAUCUCCAAAGAACCCUUGUUGUCACCUUUACAUGGUGAGAAAGGGCCGGGCGAGCUCGCAGUGCCACCAACGGCCGCAAGCCAGGCUCACAAGCUGCUCAGCAAGAUGGAUGACUCUCAGGCCGACUUUCUUCGGCCCCCGAACAAAGAUCGCUCGGGUGGGCUAGGUCGCGCCCUCAAGCAAUCCGCCGGUGACUCGGGACAGACAACGCCGAAGCUUCUGCCACACGAGGAGCUUGCCAGAGAUGCCAUCACACUGCGAGCGCGACAUCUCAUCGAGCGUUUUGGCGAAGUCUCGGGCGACUCGGUAGACAAAGCCGACUCCAAAUUGCAAGCGAUUCGCGAUUUGGUCGAGCGUCUCGAUAUGGCGUCAGCCGAAGAGGGGCCUGAAAGAGCCAAACAUGUCCUCGAUGCCAUCACGAGCCUGUUCUCUGAAUCGAGCGGCUCGAUUUCGAGCUUUGAGCUGCUGGAAAGUGGGUUGAUCGACGGUCUGCUCCGCUUCGCAAGCGAUGGCAGGACUGAAGACGGGAUGGCUCGACGGCAUAAGCUUCUACUGACAUCUCUUAGGUCCUCAAAGGGAGGUGCUCAGACGCCUAUGUCAGCUCUCGUGCACCGUUUGCAGGAUGCACUCAGUCGACUUGAGGACUUCGAUGUCAUCACUGCGCCAAGUCCUAAUAGCGAAGCCUCUCGCAGUGUCAGUUCUGCGAGGCUACUGGCCAAGCAGCUGCGAUUAAAGCUCGUUGCGGAAGACGAGACUAACAUUCCGCGCUCUUGCUCCAAUGUGGUCGUCUCCAUACACGCUAUCGCGACGUUCCAGGCAUUCAAUGACUAUCUCAGGCCGCGAAUAAUAGCUGCCAAUAAUACGAGCAACGAUCGGGGCAGCUCGAGCGCUGGAUCCAGGCUCGCAGGAGCUAUGGCUGCUUUGAUAGGAUCCGCAGGCGCUCCGCACGCAACCGAUGCUGUUGCGCCGAAGCUCAAGUCGCCUACAAGCCCGUCAAUACCGAGUACGAGCGCGGGUACGAGCAAGUCAUCGCCUGCAAAUGGUGGUACGACGUUAUCAUCACGCCGACGCAGUGAUCGUCUCAGCGCAAAAGGCAGCAAAGGCUCGGCGGACGAUCUGGCCGAACUCGCUGCGAAUGACGCCGAAGUGCCUUGUGAAGCUGCGCGCAGCACCAAAGAUGUGCCUGCGCCGCUCGCACCUGCAGCGCGCGCUCCCAGCAAUCUUCUUGAAGGCGAAAUCCAAACGUCUGAGCCUGUGACUGAUGAGAGGCCGGUCAGUCUGCAGGUUGCAUCCGAUGGUAGCAAGAUCGAAGCUUCAACGCCAGACGGAACCCGAGUGUCGACACCAAAGGUCAAAGCGGAUGCGAAUUCCGGCAAGCCGCCAACGCCCCACGGACGUGGUUCGUAUGCAGCAAUCGUCAAGACGGAUUCUUCCGAUUGGCAUCUUGAGUUCACGCUGGCAGGCAAGAAGAUCUCCUUCGAAACGACUAUAUUUGGAGCCGUACAUCAGCAUGAGCUGUCGAAAGGCGCAGACGCUAGUCCGGAUAUGUGGCAGAGCGUUCACACUGUACGCUUCAAGAAGGUACCUGGUCCCUCGACGCUGCCACGUGAAGCCACUCCGAGCAGUGGCAUCAAGACUUUUGGCUUGCCAACCAGCAUAGACAGCGGUAGACAGCAUAGCAAGGUUCUCCAACUCUUGCGUAUCCUGCAUUCUAUCAACUUCGAGACCGGCGAUGAUAUAGAUGCGACCCUUGCGCCACCUUUACCAGCAUCCGGGUUCGUUAACAAUAAGCUAUCCGCGAAGCUCAAUCGUCAACUCGAAGAGCCGAUGAUCGUCGCGUCUCAGUGUCUGCCCAGCUGGGUCGAAGAGCUGCCUGUCUUCGCGCCCUUCCUGUUCCCCUUCGAGACUCGGGUACGACUGCUUCGCAAUACAAGCUUUGGCUAUGCACGACUUUUGAACGAAUGGCUCAGUGCCCCGCGUACUGAUGGGGGCCGUCGCGAUGACAGUCUCAGCUUCCUGGGUCGACUGCAACGGCAGAAGGUCCGAAUCUCUCGCGCCAGAUUGCUCGAAUCUGCUGUCAAAGUCUUUGAGCUCUAUGGCGGCUCUCGGGCGAUGCUAGAAGUCGAAUACUUUGAGGAAGUUGGCACUGGCCUUGGCCCGACGCUAGAGUUCUUCAGCCUGGUCUCGAAGGAAUUCGCGCGCUCCGAUCUCAAGUUAUGGCGCGAAGGCGACGUCGGCAGCAUUUCAGCCUAUGUCUACAACCUCAGUGGUCUUUUCCCUGCCCCUCUGAGCUCUCAAGAGGCGGAGACAGAGGCGGGUCGCAAACGACUCGCCAUGUUCACCGUGCUUGGUCAGUUUGUGGCCAAGGGUCUCAUGGAUUCUCGCAUACUCGAUUUGUCGUUCUCUCGUAGCUUCUCGCGUCUGGUGCAAGGCGAAAGAUUACCAGAGACGAUCAGCUCGGUAAAGAGCAUCGAUCGCGCUCUUGGCAAUUCUUUGACGGACCUUCAGGCCUAUGCGGACGCCAAGACCGCGGUCAAAGCGCGCGAGCUCGGGCAGGAAGCAGAGAGAGAGGCUAUGUACGAUAUUCGUGUGCGCGACGCUCGCGUCGAGGAUCUCGCUCUUGACUUCACACUGCCCGGUUACGGCUACGACCUCAAGGAGAAUGGUUCCGAUUGCGCAGUCGACAUCGAGAACGUGGAGGAAUACAUUCGUCUAGUCAUUCAGGCGACUGUAUCAACAGGUAUUGCGGCACAAGUGUGCGCCUUCAGGGAUGGCUUCAGCACUGUCUUUCCCAUACAAGACAUGAACUGCUUCACGCCAGACGAACUCGUGCACAUCUGCGGCUCAGCAGAAGAAGACUGGUCUAUGAAGACCCUCACCGAUGGGAUACGCGCGGACCAUGGCUUCAACAUGGACAGCUCAACCAUCCGGAACUUCCUGACCAUUCUGACUGCCUACGACGCCAGCGAACGACGAGAUUUCCUGCAGUUCAUGACAGGCUCAUCCAAGCUACCCAUCGGCGGCUUCCGAGCGCUCACGCCGGCUUUGACGGUAGUGCGCAAACCGGCGGAAGCACCGCUGACAUCUGAUCAGUAUCUGCCGAGCGUGAUGACAUGCCAAAACUAUCUCAAGCUGCCGGCGUACAGCUCACUCGAAAUCAUGAGCGAGCGUCUUCACACCGCCAUCAAAGAGGGUAGCGGAGCUUUCCAUCUAUCAUGACGCGCCUGCGAGUGGAUGAUACACAAUGUGACAUUGUAGAAAGAUUGCAAAUCGUUCGGCCAAGUCACACGACUCCUGAGGAAUCAGUCCGGAGCAUCGAUGAUAUGUAGAUAUGACACUGCCGGCAUUUAUUGCUGACACGUGUCGAU